AUGAAAGCAAAUGAUAACAAUGAACAACAGCCCUUUCAAUCAAAUUCAACAUCAUUUCAAACUUUGAAGGACAUUCCAAUGGUGAACCAACAACAGCAACAACACAAGGUUGAAUUUAAUGAUGAAAUGUUUCAACCUCAUCAUCAAGCUAUAAAGAAUGACCCUUCAUCCCAUUCCGAUCCGAAUCAUCAUCAUUACAAUUCGUCUUCUUUUGUGUCGGACAUUAUCACACCUCCUUCACAAGAACCCAAAGAUGAUGAUUCUUUACAAACAUUGGAGGAAAAUAUCAAUUUUACAAGACAAGACACUUUCAAUAAUUUUCUUCUAACUCAACGUCACCAAGAAGCAUCAAUCAUGAAUUCCGAAAAUAUUAAUGAUCAUACGAUCAUUGUAAAUAAUCCUUCUCAUGAUGAACUGUUCCAUAAUAAUAAUGACAACCCAAAUACUGUACCUAAUAAGACCACAUUACAGCAACUUUUGAAAGGAAAGGCUGUGCAAAGUUCGGCAUCUUCGCUCACCAUAGAUGUCGAUCGAAAAUAUUUAACAAUCAAUGGUCAUUCCACAUUAAACCAGCUUAUUGAAAUAUUCCUUGCCAGCACGCGAAAAGGAACGUUCAUUGGAGAUCACAAAAUUCUUACUGCAUUUGCAGGAAUUAUUUCCAGUAUUGGAUUAUUUUCCAUCUUUGAAAAAUAUAACUUGUCACAGAGCGCACUCUACCAUUUAACAUCCAAUGCUGCCAUUUAUACAGCAUUUCCAUUAGGUGGAGCCACUAUUUAUUUAUUAAUUGAGGAUUUGUAUAUAUCGUUGCGAAAUGUUAAUUUUGAUAUUGGUACAUUGACAGAGUUAGAAACCAUUUCGUCACUUGUAAAAGGUCAUGCUGCACUUUGUGUCUUGUUGUUACUCAUUGACGACAUUGCUUUGCACAAGAAGCAACUGUGGAAAGUGGAAAUUAGCAACUUUGGACUCGCUCAUAACUUGGAGCUCAUUAAGGCAUGCUUUUACUUUACUAGUGCUUUUUUGUUAAUGAACAAGAUUGAGAUUAGUAAUCCUCACAUUAUUGAAAUAUUUUUGCAGAACGGAGCAAAAUUAAUUCCCAUUUCAAGUUUACUCAUUCUUGGAUUGAGAAGUAUUGGAUAUUAUUUAAACGAUCCUGCCCUUUCAAAUAUUCUUUCCAAGCUCUAUUACUAUUGUUUAUUGAUUUUGGGAGUUUUAGGAAUUAUUUCUGGAUUUGGUUUUUUAACUAUGGAAACCAAUCGUUUUUAUGAGCUCAUUCCAGUAUUGAGCAAGCCGUUUUGUGAUGAUCAUCCUCUCAUUGCCAACACUUUUCAAACAGUGAUAUCCUCAUUUGUGACACUCUUUGGAAUUGAGUCCAUUCAAAAACAUUCAGGUAUGAAUGAGAGGACGGCACAAAGUGUGAUCCAGUAUAUUGUCUCGACACAUUUUGGAUCAUUUCUAAUAAGUACAGGACUUGUAUACUAUGGUGUCAAAGCUGUUGAAUUUUCAUAUCCAUCACUGCCUAUUCAUAGCAUUCAAGAUAGUAACGUUUUUUCUGAGCUGCUUUCCACAGCAAUCAAUUCACUUGGUCUUUUAUCUAUUAGCAGUGGAGUGUCAUUAUUUGGACAUGUUUUCGAUGUUGAGGGCUUUAAAGGAGUACUGGAGUCUUCGACAUCACUUAUUGGUGCAUUGACAUUGUUUUUUUCAGGAAUAAGUAUUACCAAGCAUGAUGUUUCAAUUUACAGAACGGACUUGACUUCGUUGAUCCAAUUUAAUGUGGACAAGGGAGUUGUUUUCAAAACUUUUCUUGAUAAUUUACCGACCUAUAAGGAUUCAUUGAGUGCAUUGGCUGCAUCUCUCUGCGCCUUGAAGGGCAUCUCUUUAAUUAUUGAACGAAUUACCUCGAGGUCCUUUGCAAACUGGAUCUAUCGUAUGGGAUAUAGUUUAUUAAUUUCAUCCAUUUGCUUUUAUUUUGGAUUCAGACUUUGUUAUGAUUUUUGGUCUCCAAACGUGGAAGCUCUUUCCAUCAAAUCAUCUCUAGACCCGGUUGUGAAAUUAAUUGCAUGUUCAUUAAGCUCGAGUCUAUUAUUUGCUUCAGGACUCAAAUCAUUGGCAGACAUGAUUCAAGUACCUCAUGUUCACACGGAACGAACAAAACCUCCAUCAUUGUUCACUCCUCGCAAGAAAUCAUGGAACGCCUCACUAUCAUUCCUUGACAAGUGCAAAUAUUUCACAAAGAAAACACUCAAACAAAUUCAUCAAACAACCUGUAAUGCGAUUGAGUAUGUUUUGAGUUGGACAUAUUAUGGAGUUUGCAAACCAAUCCUGUACCAUUCGAGGUCACAUCCCAUCACCACACUUUCUGGACUCGGCUUAUCGAUUGGAGUUUUUUCCUAUGUGAAUCGAUUGCAGUUCAAUCAACAGCAAUUGCAGAAUCAAAUUCACAACUUGUCCAAGAUGGGAAAAUUGAACAAGUAA